UAUGGUGCCUGCGUAUAAAUUGGGCGGGCCCCAGGAAUCCCUCGUCAGAUAUAUGCUUAUAUUCAAUCUGCUUUUUCAUCCUCGAGGCGAAGGGGGAAUUGUUGUAUCAUCCAGGCGUGCUCUCUUCUCGCCAGUAUCUCCCUACACUCGCUCACUCACUUGCUCACUCACUCGUUCAAAACCGUCAUGGGCUCCUUAUCCAUUCUCAAGGUAGCGGUUGCUUUUUGGUCUCUGUCACAUUUCGCGACUGCUAUCACGCAAUGCCCCACAACGCCUACUACCUACACAGGUCCAGGUGGUGCCAAGUACGCGAUAUGUGCAGCUACAGACUAUGUCGGUCCUUCAGACGAGAUGUUGGCCAACACCGCCACAGUCACGGCAUGUGCCCAGGCCUGCGAUGUUAGAGGGAAUUGCCUGAAGGCUGUUUACGACAACCAAAACAAGGUGUGCCACAUUAAGAACAAUGGGCCAAAUGCCUUGAACUGGGUCCAGAACAACCAGUUCACCGUUGUGUAUCUGAACAACAACCUGCCUGAGCAGACCAAUGUCGCUCGCUGCCCCUUCACGGAGACAACCUAUACGAAUAGUGGAAAGAGCUACAAGAUCUGCCCAGACACUGACGUUCGGGGUGCCAGCGCCCAGAUGAUCAACAACGUCGCCAGCACGCAGGACUGCGCGCAGCGAUGUGCCACAACUAACGGGUGUCAGAGGGCUGUCUUCGACAACGUGGCCCUGGUCUGCCAUAUCAAAGCUGACCCCGCGACCAACACCCUGAUCUGGUCGACCAACAAGCGCUUUGAUGUCAUUCGCCAGGAUGUUGCGGCCGCCCCCGCGACUUCGGGCUCAUGGUCGGAUCUUGUCCGCUUCCCUGUCAUCCCUGUUGCGGCCUAUAUCGUCCCUGCGAUGCCUGAAUCUUCAAGGCUGCUGGUAUUCAGCAGCUGGGGGAGUGAUGCUUUCGGGGGUGCUGGCGGUCAGACCCAAUUCGCCGACUAUAACUUCAAGACUGGUGCGGUCUCAGCCCGGACGGUGGCAAACACAGGUCACGACAUGUUCUGCCCCGGCAUGAGCAGUCUGGCAGACGGGCGUCUCGUGAUUACGGGAGGUAGUAAUGCCGAAGUGACCAGCUUCUAUGAUCCUGCUACCAACGCCUUCACCAAGGGCCCGAACAUGGUCACCCCACGGGGCUACCAGACGUCUGCAACCCUGUCGGACGGAAAAGUGUUUACCAUUGGCGGAGCUUAUUCCCCACCCGUUGUUGGUAAAGACGGAGAGCUCUACGAUCCUGCCACCAACAAGUGGACUGCUCUCCCAGGCGCCAAGGUUGGGCCGAUGCUGACGGUCGACCACGAGGGCAUCUGGAGGGAGGACAACCAUGGAUGGCUUGUAGGCUGGAAAAACGGAUCGGUGUUCCAGGCAGGGCCUAGCAAGGCUCAGAACUGGUACGGUACGGCUGGCACAGGCUCUCAAGCCGCAGCCGGCACACGAGAUUCAGAUGACGCGAUGUGCGGCGUAUGGGCCAUGUAUGAGCCUGGCAAGAUUUUAUCAGCCGGCGGUUCGCCUGAUUACACAGACUCAGACGCAACAAAUCGGGCUCACGUCACCACGAUCAACAACCCCAACCAGCCGGCAUCGGUUGAACGCGUCGCCGAUAUGGCCUACCCGCGCGGCUUCGCCAAUGCAGUUGUCCUUCCGGACGGCCAGGUCCUAGUGACGGGAGGACAGAGGCGCUCGCUUGUCUUUACUGACACAGAUGGUAUUCUCCAGGCUGAGAUAUUCAACCCCGCCACCAAGACCUGGAAGACACUCGCCGCGGAGGCCGUCCCGCGGAACUAUCACUCGGUGAGCCUGCUGCUCCCAGACGGCACCGUCUUCACCGGCGGUGGAGGCUUGUGCUAUGUCGGUCAGCCGGGCGCAAGCUCAGCGAACUGCAACAAGGUGGUUGACCACAAGGACGGCCAGAUCUUCAGCCCGCCGUACCUGUUCAAGGCCGACGGCACGGCCGCCGCACGGCCUGUGAUCUCGUCCGUCAGUGCCACCGUGGUCAAGGUCGGGGCGAAGCUCACCGCUUCGGUCAACAUGGCCAAUUCGAAGCUGGUUCUGGUCCGCAUUGGAAGUGUCACGCACAGCGUCAACAGUGACCAGAGGCGUGUGCCGCUGACGAGCGUGGAAAUCCGUGGAAAUUCGUACACGGCCACCCUUCCUGCUGACAGCGGGAUCCUGAUACCUGGGUUUUACUACUUGUUUGCUUUGUCUGCUAGCGGUGUUCCGAGCGUUGCCAAGACAGUCAGGAUUACACUGUAA